AUGAACUCUACUCACGAAUCAAAAGAAUGGCACCAAGCUGCUACAUUGCAGCACCCAAUGAGUGACAGCAAUGUCUCUCAAUCACCUCAGUUACAGCAUUACUCUCCAAUGCCAACAAUGGAUCACCAUAGUUACGGUCAAUCAUUUCCUCAGGGCCCUAUGCAUCCACCUGUUCAUCAUCAUCACCAGCUUCCACCUUCAAACAAUUACUUGCCUGCUGGAAAAUCAGAAUCAGAUCCUCGCUUACCUGGUAUGAUGGCUCUUUCUCAACCUGGUACACCUCGCCCAAGUCACCACACUUCCCCAAUCUCAAAAAAAGCACAUGCUAAUUAUACCACCUCAUCAUUCCAUGCUGCUCCUUAUGCUCAUCCUGCACUUGCUCGCAAGAGAGGACGAAGUGAAUUAUUCUCUACUGAACUUGGUCCAUUCUUCAGUUCCACAAAGCCUGUUGACAAUUUGUAUGCAUUGGAUAGAUCUACAUUAUUGACUAUUCGCAUUCAAGCCAAGAUGGACAGAGGCUUCUUUUUGGCUGAUAAUGAUUGGACCUGUUACCGCAGAAACUACUUCCAAGUGAGUGGCGCUUUUGCCAUCCAUGGUUUAAAUCAUUAUUACGCCGAGCAAGAAACGCAAUGUUUGGUUCAAGUAGAUGGCGUCUUUCAUCCUGUUCACAACUUUUCAAUGAACAUCUCGGCCCGUGUUUCGAAUAGCGAUAAAAAGAUCGAAUUGGUUCAACACACUCCUAAGAGAGAUAAGGGUCCCCAAUCUACACCUUCUGCCAAGCUGAUCAUGCCUGGUGGUAACUUGAGCAUGAGCUCUGUUGGCGCUAAUCAGAGCAUCGUUACCUUUGAAAGAAUCCAAUUCAAAACAGCCACCGCAAACAACGGCAAAAGAAGAGCUGCUCAGCAGUACUACGUGUGUUUGGUCGAUCUCUAUGCUGAAAUUGAAGGUAACAAGAAGAUCAAGAUUGCUUCUUGUCAAUCUGCCCCCUUGGUGGUACGUGGCCGCAGCCCAGGUCAUUACUCUGACAACCAUGAUCGCUAUGAAGGCAGCAGUAACCCAAUGCCCAUGAGCGCUGGCACCCCCACUGGUCCUCCACCUCCACCUCCUCAACAUCACCAACACCAAGAUGAUCGUUAUGGUCCUGCUUCUGUUGCCAAUGCUCCCUUCCCAAGACCUCCCAUGACUCCACCCGGUGUAAUGGGGCCCGAUUAUGGCUCGCCUUAUCCUUAUCAAGCAUACCCUACCAACUAUCCUCACUUUUCAGGUGGACAAGGGCCUAUACAACCUGGCAUGAUGCCUCCUACACCCACUGGACAACAUCCAUCUCAUCAUCAUCACCACCCUCAACAACAGCAACCACCUCAGCAGCAACAACAACAGCAUAACGGUGGUUCUUAUAUGGUACCCAGCAUGACAUCAGAUCCAUCUUCAUCCGAGACUUCAUCCCCUGAUCUUUAUAACGGAGAAUUCGGCCAUGGAAAUAACGGAGGAGCACCCGCACCUAGUAACAGUGUGUUGCACGACGAGGCCAAUAAGCUGAGCCAUUCUCAACAUCAACAGCCCCAAUUGCCCCAUCCUCAUCAUAACCAUCAUGGUAUGAGCAAUAUGCAUAUGCCUACAAUGGAUAACAAUGAUUGGCGUGGACGUAUACCUAGUGGACAUCCAUCUCCUGCUAUUGGAUAUGAACAACAGCAACAGCAGCAUUCAUACUUUUCUCAACCUCCCACAAACCCCAAUGGCCCAAGUGCAUUCUCCAACACCUCUGCGCCAACUACACCUUAUGGCGGCCCUGCCCCUUCUAAUGGCGCUGUGGGUGGACCAAGAAAGUACACAACUGGCCCUGCUGCCAUCCAGCAACAAGCAUCUUAA